UCCUCUCGCUCGCUCGUGCUUGCUCGCUCUCACUGGCGCCGCACGCGCGCGAUUAAACGCUCAUCCCGCGUGCGUGACGUGAGAUUGACGCGAUACGGGAGAGACGACGCAACGUGCCGCUGCGUGGAAACGGAACGGACGUUUCUCGCGACGCCGACGAUCGCCGAGAGCGAAGCCAAAGCUCGAGCGCGCAGCCUCGGGUAACCCCGCAGACGAGGCUCUCGACAACUUUUUAUGGUCGGGAUUCUCCCUCCGCGACGGUGUGUCAGUAACGUAGGUUUGAACGCUUUGCGGAACAGUCGCGCGCGGCGCUGCGAGUCUCACGUUUAUUUUCUCGCUACUUUCUAACCUGAAAUUCCUGCUAAUUCUUAAUUGACAUUUGUGACAACUCAGCACAAUUCAGUGAUCGUGUGGAGUCAUUUAAAUAAUAGUUUACAUAAUACAUAUUCAAUUGAUACAUAUUCAAAAUGAAUAGCUCAACAGAUCCAAGGCGACCGGAUAAAGAAGUUCGCUACAAGCCACCGGGUUCAAAUAAUCAGUUACAUAUGCAAGAAGACAUGACUCCAGAAUACAUGAACGUCAUAGGAAUGAUUUUUAGUAUGUGUGGCUUAAUGAUGAGAUUGAAAUGGUGUUCCUGGGUGGCACUCUACUGUUCCUGCAUCAGCUUUGCCAAUACACGAGUGAGCGAAGACGCCAAGCAAAUCCUCAGCUGCUUCAUGCUGUCGAUAUCGGCAGUAGUGAUGUCUUACUUGCAAAAUCCACAGCCCAUGAUACCGCCAUGGACAAGUGCUAUGCAGUAAAUUUUUCUACAAAUCUAAUGUUCUGCACAGUUUAUCUAAUUAAUAAACCAUUUUGUUUUAUA